AUGAGUGCUCAAAAGAAAAAGGUUGAUCCUCUUAAGUCAUUCAUAGCUGGAGGUACAGCUGGUGCUAUCGAGGGUGUCAUCACCUACCCCUUCGAGUUUGCCAAAACAAGACUACAGUUGAUCGACAAAUCAGCCAACAUAUCUAGAAACCCAUUGGUGUUGAUCUUCAAUGUGGCCAAGACUCAAGGCGUGGGCUCCCUUUACGUAGGAUGUCCAGCCUUUGUAGUAGGAAACACCGUCAAGGCUUCUGUUCGUUUUCUUGGGUUCGAUUCCAUCAAGGCGCUUUUGGCUGACAAGAACGGAAAGUUGUCUGGUCCUAGAGGUGUGAUAGCCGGACUCGGUGCUGGUUUGCUUGAGUCUGUGGUGGCGGUGACUCCUUUUGAAGCAAUCAAAACAGCUUUGAUUGAUGACAAACAACUGGCUAAACCAAAAUACCAAAACGGACUUGUUUCAGGCACAUUAAAGCUUUGUAGAGAUCUUGGAUUCAAGGGCAUUUAUGCUGGUGUGGUACCAGUUUCGUUGAGGCAGGCUGCUAACCAGGCUGUCAGAUUGGGAUCUUACAAUGCCAUCAAGACUAUGAUUCAACAAGCCAGUGGCUCUCGUCCGGACCAGCCUUUAAGUUCAGUAGCUACCUUUGCUGUAGGUUCUUUUGCUGGAAUUAUCACUGUCUAUACUACCAUGCCUAUCGAUACCGUCAAGACCAGAAUGCAAGCCUUAGGUGCAGAUAAGCUCUACACAUCUACCGUCAACUGUUUCGCUAAGAUCUUUAAGGAAGAAGGUCUCUUGACGUUCUGGAAGGGAGCCACUCCACGUUUGGGCAGAUUGGUGUUGAGUGGUGGUAUUGUUUUUACCAUCUACGAAAAGAUGUUGGUGAUCAUGGGCUGA